UGUGGAGUUAAAAAUUCGCCCCCCAAAGAAGAAUUGUCAAACAUUAAGCACCUACCGCACCCAGCCCCCUCCCCAACUAAUAAGCUCAGGAGUCGGGUCCGGUUUCGGAUCAUCCGAGUUCACUGACGCGUCAAUGGAGUCGAGCUCUGGCUCCGGCGAGCACAACGUCAGAGGAAUACCUACUCACGGUGGACGCUACGUGCAGUAUAAUGUGUACGGCAACCUCUUUGAAGUAUCUAGAAAGUAUGUCCCUCCGAUUCGCCCUGUUGGCCGAGGUGCUUAUGGUAUUGUUUGUGCUGCUAUCAAUUCCGAGACACGGGAGGAAGUUGCCAUUAAGAAGAUUGGUAAUGCUUUUGACAACCGGAUAGAUGCUAAAAGGACUCUGCGAGAGAUUAAGCUUCUUCGACACAUGAGCCAUGAAAAUAUUAUUGCUCUUAGAGAUAUCAUACGACCUCCUCAGAAGGAGAACUUCAAUGAUGUUUACAUUGUUUAUGAACUGAUGGACACUGAUCUUCAUCAAAUAAUUCGCUCUAACCAACCAUUGACAGAUGAUCAUUGUCGGUAUUUUCUCUAUCAGUUGCUGCGAGGGCUCAAAUAUGUACAUUCAGCACAUGUGUUGCAUCGUGAUCUAAAGCCUAGCAAUCUUCUUCUGAAUGCUAAUUGUGACCUCAAGAUUGCAGACUUUGGUCUUGCAAGGACAACAUCUGAAACUGAUUUUAUGACUGAGUAUGUUGUUACUCGCUGGUAUCGGGCGCCAGAAUUACUUCUUAAUUGUUCUGAGUACACAGCAGCGAUUGAUAUAUGGUCAGUGGGUUGUAUACUUGGUGAAAUCAUGACUAGACAACCCUUGUUUCCUGGUAAAGACUAUGUUCAUCAGUUGAGGCUUAUCACAGAGCUCAUUGGUUCACCAGAUGACGCCAGCCUUGGUUUCCUACGGAGUGAGAAUGCUCGCAGAUAUGUUAGGCAGCUUCCUCAAUACCCAAGGCAAAAUUUUGCUGCUAGAUUUCCUAAUAUGUCUGCAGGUGCUGUCAAUCUGCUCGAGGAGAUGCUAGUCUUUGAUCCAAACAGGCGCAUUACAGUUGACGCGGCGUUGUGCCACCCGUACUUGGCACCUCUCCACGAUAUCAACGAGGAGCCUGUUUGCCCAAGGCCUUUCAACUUUGAUUUUGAGCAGCCAACAUUUACCGAGGAAAACAUCAAGGAGCUCAUCUGGAGGGAAUCAGCAAAAUUCAAUCCGGAUCCUUGAGAAUUAUCUGAUAGUCUUUUGUACACGGGAAAAUACUCACAUUACUCCCAUCUUCAUCAUAAUUAUAUAGAACCUGUCAAGAGUUCUAGGGAAAGAAGAAAAGAACUCCAUGGGUAUGUUGGGAUUCACUCACGCCACGGACUGUUGAUUCCUUUUAUCUCGAAUCAUUUAUGAUAUCGAAGUGUGUGAAAUGGAGGCUAGGUUUUCUUUAAGGUAACUGAGAAGAAUCUCUAUGAAAGUUAAAUUUGUAAUUUGUGUAUAUGGGCAAACCAAUUGAUUUGGGUGGAUGGAGUGGCUGUUGUACUGGCAAUCUCUUCCGUUCUGGAAUGGGGAUUUUGCAUGGAUCUGAGACCUAAUUUCCCUUUCUUUUCCUUAAAAGUUUCUGAAAAUUGAUUUGAAUGUGUAGAAUUUCUUUGAUAUGCGAGGCUUAUAUGUUUACCCA